AUGCCUCAGCGCGGCAAUACGGGCCGCCUGUCUGGUCCCAGCAAGGGCACGGGCUUCGACUUUGAGGGCCUGGGGCCGCUCAUCACUGUGCUCGUGGCGGCCCACGUCGCCGCCCUGCUCUUCUGGAUCCCCCAGCAGCAGCAGCGCCAGCGCAGCCGACCCCUCAGCACCAGCCACGCCUCGGCGGCAGCUGCCGAGGCAGCGGCAGCAGCGGCGGAGCAGCCACCUGCCGCCGCCGAGGCGGCGCCGCACAUCUCGGUGCUCCUCAGCGAGGUGCUGGCGGCGUUUGAGGGGCGCGCUGUGCGGCGGUACGUGGACGGCACGCUGGGAGCGGCGGGCCACGCGACCGCCAUGCUGCGCCAGCACCCAGAGCUGGAAAGUCUGGUAGGGUUUGAUCUCGACCCCACGGCCCACCAGCUGGCGUCAGCCCGCCUGGCUGCCGCCGGCGCCGCGGUGGUGCCGGUGGCCGUGUCACCCGCUGGCCGUGCCAGCUUUGAGCUGCCAACCGGUCCCGGCGGCGGCGACGGCACCGACGGAGAGGCACGCCCCACCGCCUUUCUGGUGCGCAGCAACUUUGGGCGCAUACAAGCGGUGCUGCGGCAGCUGCCCCUGGGCCCCGGCGGCGGCGGCGGCAGCACUGAUAGCAAUAACAGCAGCAGCAACGGCAACACUAGUAGCAGCAGCGGCAGCGGCGGCGUGGAUGCCAUCCUGCUCGACCUCGGCAUUUCAUCCAUGCAGGUGGAUACCGCAGACCGCGGGUUCAGCUUCCUGCGGGACGGCCCCCUGGACAUGCGCAUGGACCCUGCGGCCCCGCUGUCUGCUGAGCUGGCAGUGAACACGUGGCCCGAGGGCGAGCUGGGGCGCGUGAUCCGGGAGUAUGGGGAGGAGCGGCACUGGCGCGGCAUCGCGCGCAGGAUCGUGGCGGCGCGCGAGGAGGCGCCCAUCACCACCACGCAGCAGCUAGUCCGCGCCAUUGGCUCCCCAGGAGGCGGCGGCGGCGGCGGCGGCGGCAGGGGCAGGGGCCGGCGCAGCGGCGGCGGCGACGCCAGGUUCAAGCACCCCGCAACCCGCACCUUCCAGGCGCUGCGCAUCGCGGUGAACGGGGAGCUGCAGAGCAUUGCGCAGGCCCUGCCUGAUGCCAUAGAGUGCCUGGCGCCUGGGGGCCGCCUGGCGGUCAUUACUUUCCACUCUCUCGAGGACCGCAUCGUCAAGUGGGCCUUCCGCGCAGCGGCAGGCAUGGCGCCCAGCGACGAGCAGCUGCCCUCCUACUGCCUGCCGUUUGAGGAGGCGGCGGCGCAGGCCAGCGUGCGCAUCCUCACCCGCCGCCCCGUGGCGCCCAGUGAGGAGGAGCAGGCAGCCAACGUGCGCAGCCGCAGCGCCAAGCUGCGGGUGGUGGAGAAGCUGUGA